GGCUGCUGCAGGGUUAGGUUGAGGCUCCCUGCGUGCGGCUGUAACUUUGUGUUGCCGCCGCUGGUUGUUAGGAGAAGGAAUGUGGCAAUCGGCGGAGAGGAGGGCGGCUGGCUGGCUACUCUGGCAGGCGGGCUGCGGCGUCCCUUCCGUCCCCCCUCCCUGCCCACCCCCUGCCGCUUCUUCUUUUUCCUCCUCUGCCUAAAGUGAAGCGAGCUGGGAACGCAGCCCCAGGAAGAGCGCAGCAGCAGCAUCGGCGGCGGCGGCUCUCCGCCGUUUUCUCCCGUGCAUUUCUGCCGGGGUUUUUGCUUCCUUUCUGCUUGUUCCUGCCCGGAUUCUCCUGAUUGGGAGCUGCCUGCUGGCGUUUCUGCCUUUCGCUUGCGGGACCUCUCGCGCUCGGUCUGUUGUUUUUUUUGGCCAAGGCUUUAUUUAUUUAUUUCAUGACUUGAGUGAAGCGGGGGGGGUGUGUGGGGGGGACUGUCAAGAUGGCAGCAACGGCAGGACCGCGGAGGUUAUGAAUGUGGUGUUGGUGCUGGGACGAAACCCACCUUCUUGGCAGCCCUGCGGGUGACUUCGGGCUUCUGGACCUGUUGGAAGAUCGGCGAGUGGACGUGCUUGGCUUCCCAGCUUCUCUCCUUCUCCACGAAAGGCUUUUUGAAAAGGACCCUGGAGCCGUCUCCUCCCGUUUAAAGGAUCUGCUUUUCCUGUGCUUUUUUUUUUUUUAAUUCGUCCUUUUCUUGGAGGGGAGGGGAGGGGAGGAGGCGACAUGCACAACUGUUGUGGCAAACGCGAUCGGGUAGAUUUUGAGACUUGAGCUCUGGAGAGCAGGGCGCUUCGAAGGAAGGGAGGACGAGGAGUCAUUCUCAGGGCAGCCUCUGCUCCAAGAGGAGAGCCGAAAGCAACAAGCGAAGAAGCCCGGCCGGUGUUUGCCUCUGGAGGCGCAGCGAGGGGGGACGGGGUCUCUUUAAAAGGAUCCGGAGCGCUGCUAUUGGAGCAGUUCUGCACGGGGGUGAAAGAUAAACAAACACACGGCGCCGAGAUCGCGGCCAAGGCUGCGGGGCUUGGGACGCCGCUCGCCGCCGGGACUCGCGGGCACAGGAGCGCACCUGGAUCCUGAGCGCUGGAGGCUGGAGGAUCGACCUCCUGCUGGUUUCAGGGCGGGGAGAGGAGAGGAGGGCCGGCGGCGGCGGCCGGACCUUUAAUGGAGAGCGGCGCGUUUGCUCAGGUUCGCUGAUCACUCCGAGGAGGCGCGCGCGGAGGCGGGACCGGGGUACGGAUCGGGCCCCGCUUCUCCCCCGCGGCAGGCGGAGAGCCCCCGGAGCGGGGGGAGGCCACGAUGGCAGAGGCGUCUCCCCCCUCCCCCUUGUCCCCCCUGGACGUAGAGCUGGACCCCGAGUUCGAGCCCCAGAGUCGCCCUCGCUCCUGUACGUGGCCCCUGCAGAGGCCCGAGCUGCAGGCGAGCUCGGCCAAGACCGCUGGGGAACCGGCCACCGACGCCGCAUCCAUGAUCCCGGAGGAAGACGACGACGCCGACGACGAGGAGCAAGGGGCCAGCGCAGCCAUGACCAUCGCCGUCCCCGGCGGCGGCGGGAGUGAGUCCCUGGCCCCCGAGGACACGGCCCGCCUGCUGGCUCCGCUGUCCGGACUGCCGGGCGAGGGACCGUGCCAGGGCGCCGGGGCGCCGAGCGGCGGGCAGCAGCAACCGGGAGUCGCUGCGGCGCCGCGGAAAUGCUCGUCGCGUCGCAACGCGUGGGGGAACCUGUCCUACGCCGAUCUGAUCACCCGCGCCAUCGAGAGCACCCCGGAAAAGAGGCUCACCUUGUCCCAGAUUUACGAGUGGAUGGUGCGCUGCGUGCCCUACUUCAAGGAUAAGGGAGACAGCAACAGCUCCGCCGGCUGGAAGAAUUCCAUCAGGCACAAUUUAUCCCUUCACAGUCGAUUCAUCAGGGUGCAGAAUGAAGGAACUGGGAAAAGCUCAUGGUGGAUGAUCAACCCAGAUGGUGGAAAAGGUGGGAAAGCACCACGGAGGCGUGCUGUUUCAAUGGACAACAGCAACAAGUACACAAAAAGCCGAGGACGUGCGGCUAAGAAAAAGGCUGCUCUACAAGCUGCACAGGAAACUAGUGAAGACAGCCCUUCCCAGCUCUCCAAAUGGCCCGGUAGCCCAACCUCACGUAGCAGUGAUGAGCUGGAUGCAUGGACAGAUUUCCGGUCUCGUACAAACUCAAAUGCCAGUACCAUAAGUGGCCGCUUAUCACCUAUACUGGCAAGUACUGAGUUAGAUGAGGUCCAGGAUGAUGAUGCUCCACUAUCACCCAUGCUGUACAGUAGUCCACCCAGCAUGUCUCCAUCAGUAAAUAAACCUUGUAAUGUUGAGCUGCCUAGGUUGACUGAUAUGGCUGGCACCAUGAACUUGAAUGAUGGCCUAACAGAUAACCUUAUGGAUGAUCUUCUGGAUAAUAUCACGCUCCCUUCUCCCCAGCAGUCACCCACAGGAGGACUCAUGCAAAGAAGCUCAAGCUUUCCUUAUGGAUCCAAAGGUUCAGGUCUUGGUUCUCCAACAAGCAGUUUCAACAAUGUUGUGUUUGGACCUUCAUCUCUGAAUUCUCUCCGGCAGUCUCCCAUGCAAACCAUCCAAGAGAACAAGCAAGCUACAUUUUCUUCCAUUUCUCACUACAAUAACCAAACGCUGCAGGAUCUGCUGGCAUCAGAUUCGCUUAGCCACAGCGAUGUCAUGAUGACCCAAUCCGAUCCACUCAUGUCACAAGCUAGCACAGCUGUGUCUGCCCAAAAUGUACGCAGAAGCAUCAUGCUCCGGAAUGACCCAAUGAUGUCAUUUGCUGCUCAGCCAAGCCAGAGCAGUUUGGUCAACCAGAACCUGCUCCACCACCAGCAUCAGUCCCAGAAUUCUUCUCUCAGUGGCAGCCGUGCCUUGUCAAAUUCCAUUGGUACUACAGGCUUAAGCGACACAAGCAACACUGGGUCAGCCAAACACCAGCACCAGUCACCUGUCAACCAGUCUAUGCAAUCACUUUCUGACUCACUCUCAGGCUCUUUAUAUUCCAACAGUGUGAGCCUUCCAGUCAUGGGGCAUGAUAAAUUCCCCAGUGAUUUGGACCUAGAUAUUUUCAAUGGGAGCCUAGAAUGUGACAUGGAGUCCAUUAUCCGCAGCGAACUCAUGGAUGCAGAUGGGUUGGAUUUUAACUUUGAUUCCCUCAUCUCUGCCCAGAAUGUUGUCUCUCUGAAUGUGGGAAACUUCACUGGUGCUAAGCAAGCUUCGUCACAGAGUUGGGUUCCAGGCUGAAGGAUUUAUGCAAAGAGGGGAAAUGGUUAAAGCAGGCCCUUAUACUGACACGAGCAAGAAAGAAAAAAAUAACCCUUUGCCAAAUCAACUGUCAACAAGUGGACAGAGAUACCGUUUACAUCUUAUAACCUUUCUGAAUCCCGUAUUAUUUUCCUAAUGAAACAGAGACUGUUAAUGAGCCCCAGAAUCUGAGUGACAAACCGCCUUUUCUGGAACUCGUGCAUUCUUGAAGUAUGCAAAAUCUUCCUACAGUGGGAUGGGCAAAGCACCAACUUGUGGAUACGACAUUCAGCCACCAUCCCGCUUCAGAACACACACUGUGUAGCCUUUAGGAUAGUUUCUUUGUCAAACAAUAUAUGGUGUUCCAAUAUGUUACUGGGUUGCAGAAUGCUUUUGGUUGGCUUUUUUUGCCCAAAGUUUACCCCACCCCUACUCACCUUCUCUAAGGUGAUCCCCCCCCUUUGAAAUGCUUUAAUUGUUCCUUUGUCUCCUUUUACAUGCCAGUUCCUCAAAUACAGAAUGAUAUAUGCACUAUGAAAAGCUAAAUCAGUUUUGGUUCAGUAGACCAUUACCACUUGAAUGCUGCAGCCUUUGUAGGAUCACCAAGCAAUUGGAUUCAAGAGGUAGCUUACGGAAGGGUUUUAAUUAUUUUGGUUUGGGUUUAUUCUUUUCUAGUUGGUUGAUCAGUUGGUUUUGACUCAGAUCCUACACCCCUCAAGUAAGUCUUUUCUUAAAUGUCAGGGUAUAGCUUCUGUUUAUUCUCAGCAUUGGGAAGGUGGAUUUUACCUCACAAAAUUAGCCACCACCAAUGCUGCAUCCUCACCAGUUUUGAAGAAGCAUGAGGGAGAAGGCCAUUUCAUAGUCACGAACUAACUUGCUGAUGGUUGUUAUGCUAGCAUGUUCUGCCCAAACAGCUGCAAUGAAUUUUAGUUUUCAUUUGCCUAUAUGGUUUAGCAACUGGAUGGUAUGAAAGCGACCAAGUAAAGCUGCACAGUUUACCACACCAAACAAUUUGACCAUAAUCACCUAGAAGGCAACAACUUGCUUUCAAAUAAUAAUAAUAAUAAUUUAAACAUGUUGAAGAAAUAGAAUAGACUUUCUGCGAUUUAAAAGAAAGUUUUGUGUAUACACAAUAACCUGGGAGUAUCCUCUAUAACCUGGGAGAUUUAUUACAUUGAUAAUUAUUUUUACAUUCUCUCCUUGACUGAUCUUUCUUUCUUGUGACUGUGUCGCUGAGACCUGAGAAGAGAAGCUGAAGGAUGACAGGAAGGAGAGGCAAAGGGGGGGGGGGGAAACCAUGCAGACAGCUUUUCAUAGGAGCGUAGACUGUAAUUGGAUAAAUUCCACUGAAAAACAAAAUAGUUUUUAUAUAUUUUGCUUAUAUGGGUUUCUUUGAUAAAUUGUAAUAGUAAUGAUGAACAACAGUGAUGGUGCUGUGCAGAUCCUCCUGAUUAUUUUUUACUGGUAUCUCUUUUUUGUGGAGGAAGGAGGGGAAGAAACGCAGAAGAAAAACCCAGUGGUACGUUUUAAAUUAAAAAAAAAACAUUGGAGUGAAGACACUUUGGCUAGGAAAUUGUGUACCUAUCUUUCCAAAGUGAUAUAUGAAGACCUUUUUCUUGGCAUAAAGGCGUAAUGCAUAUAAAUAUAUAAAUAUAUUUUAUUAUGUACAUAAACAGAUCAUUAUGCAUGAGUGUUAGGAGAACAGACUAGCAUUUUAACCCAAAGUUUCAGUGCAUGAGUUUCCACUGGCACAUGAACCAAGUACAAUGUGGUGCAAUCCCUUCAGCCACUACAUGCAAGUGUGCGUGUACCCAUAGACACACAAUCACGCACACACACAUCUGUGGGCCCCAUAUUGCUCCUUCUUUUCCAGUCCUCUGAGGUAAACUUCGUGAAAUCACAGCUCCUAGUGUGAUGGAAGUUUUGUUUUGUACUGUAGCCUCUUCAUGCUUGUGCUACGCUAUUCUAUAGAUGAACAUGUGACCUCCAUCAUACAGUUCAUAAAUGAAUUAUCUGUGCUGUUGUGGUUCUAAGUAGAUUAUAGAACAUAAACUUCCCAAACAGUCAAGAUUUUUAUCAUUAAAAAACCAGACUAUUUUUUAAAUAAUGAAGGUGGUGUAUUUGUCAAUGGCAGGGUCUAGUUUAUCAUAUUUCUUAAACCAGAAAUAACCAAUGUGUUCAUUUGCUCUCCACAUUGGAAAGGGCUUCCCCACAAGGAAAAUACUAUAUUAAAACAUCAUCUGUUCCAGGAGCUUAGGAAAGGUGUCAGUUUAUUUAGAGAAACUCUGAUAUAGGUACUUAUUACCAAAGCUAGUUAAGAAUUUGCUUAUUUGCCUUUCACUUCAUAAGAGUAUCUGGUACAUCGUCUAAUGUGAAUUCAGCUGACAAUGUCAUUUUUGUUUUUUGUUGCUGUUCUCUGAUUCAGCAAUGUAUUUGGUGACUGACAGCGUAUUUUAUUGUAAGUUUAUCUCUUUCUUCCCCCCAGGAAAUCUGUGCACAAAAAAAUCUGGUACAUAGCAGGUUUUAUGGUUUCCUUGUUUUUACUUCUGUCAAGUUUCCAUUUGAGGGUGUAAUCCUUCAGGGAGACAGUGAAGAAGAAGACUGUUGUUUUUGCAAGCUCUAAUUUUAUCUUGAUGAUUCAGUUAUAUGAAAUAUAGACAUGGGUGAAAUCCAACCAAAGUUUAACAUUUUCUAAGUCCCAUUGAUUUUAAUGGAAAAGAAUGUUGUCCAUGACCUCCGCCAGUAACAUCAGUGGGGUUGUAAGGCUAUAAUCCUGUCCAUACUCAACUGGGAAUAAUCCCACUCUAAUUGCAACAGGACUUGUGAAUAAAUAUGCUGUGGAUCAGAUUUCAGAUCUGCGAUCCUAAAUGCAACUACUGGAGAGCAAGACCUGUUCACAAGGAGCUCUCGUUUCACUUGAUAGACCACUGGCUUGAUCCAGCAGGGCUCUCCUUAUUUCACUACCAUACAAAAAGUAAACCCACACAACUGAGCUUCCUUGUAUGUUUAGAAGUAUGCAAACUUUCAAUGAAGAUAGACAUUGCCCUUAAGUUGUCUAAACAUGCACAGAAGCCCAACCAUGUGGAAUGAAAUUAUUACACAUUCCCAAAAGUGCUGUGAGAAUUACCCUGUUGAUGAAUGUUGACUGUGCCACCCCAGGAUAUGUGUAAAGGAGGUAUAUAUCUGAAUAAACAUGAAAUCUCAUUGCAAACUCAUUAAAGGCAAUUUGGUUCUUUUGGGUUGUCUCCUACUACUGUGCUAAGGAUGAUGCAUUCCAUGGAUGCAAGGUGUUUUCACCCAAUUCAAAGGCUCUUCUGCCAGCCUCUUGAUGUUUCUUGCAAUCAUGUAAUAUACCUUGUGUCAAUGGAACACAUUCAGCCUCUAACUGAGCAGGGUGGUAUACAGUUACUUCAAUGGGAUAAAGUCAGCGUGCAGAACUCCAUGCCAAUAAGGUAAGGUUCAACAUAGUCACAUGGGAUACACUCCCACCAACUGUACACACUUUGCAGCCUAAUCCUGUGCAGAGUUCCUCAGAGGUUAUAACUCCAAAUAGAGCAUUUAAUUAAUCUCUUAAUUAUAUGAGUAUAAAGCUGUAAAGGGAUUUUGAACGUCUAUCAGUUGUCUCAUCUUUGUUUUUCUAUAGCUGAUAUCCACAGUACAUAACCUCUAACUGUGAACCUGAUUGAGAAACACUGCUGUCUAGACCACUUCCUAGAGAUUAGUUCCAGUUAGAUAUUGAAGUAGCCCCCAUGCUGUGCUUGUCACCCUUCGAUGGCUGUAAAAUCAAUUGCUUUCUAAACCUGCCUCUCAAUAAGUUUGCAUCUACAGCUGUGGUGUAGGCAAGGUCAUGAAGGAGUCAGAUGCUCUAUGAAAUCCAGAACCUGAAUAGUCAUCUCCCAGAUUUUAUGCCAAGUUCUAAAUUCAAAGACAAAUGUAGCUGCUUGACAAUAUGACUAUGUUCUUGGGCUGUACAUUUCAAACCACUUCUUCUGAAGUAGUCCUGGAGUUCUUGCAUUGCCAAGCGAUUUGAAUUUCCCAAUCCUCAAACACUGCACAAGGGCACAGAUGCAAACAUCUCUGAGCACUCUCAUCCUAAAUCCCAAAUAGCAUUUACGUAUGAAAUAGUGCCCUGAAGUUAGUACACUAGCCACGUGUUUAAAAUGUUGCAUACAUGAUCACGAGCAUUACUUGUGAACAACCUCUGUUGCUCUAAUGAGUCUGUGGACAAUUUUACAGAUUGUUGAAUUAUUUGUGGGAUUGUGCUUCUAGUAUAGAAUUGGAUAAGUGGUUCUAGUCACUUCUAUUUUUCAAUUAUAAGUCCAUUUAAAAUUGGAUUUAAUACCAAUUUGGCACAAAUGCACAGGCUAUUUUCUUUAAAUGUCUAUUGAGUACUUCAUAGUGUCCUGUUUUUUAGCUCACUGCAUAUUUCUUAUUUGAUUUCACUCUCAUGAGUUAAUUUCUCUGAUAAUAGGUUACCAGGCUAUUGCCUAUCAUUCGACUGUUGUCAAAAACUAAAUGUUAGAACAUUUAUCUCUUGGAAAUUAUGUCACUGCUUGGCAACCAACCUUCUUGCAGUAGUGUCUGUACUUGAUGUAUAUCAGAACUACUACCAGCAGAUAUGAAGGGGGACCAGAUACUUUUAUUUGCUAUGGGGAGGGAUGGGGUGGGAAUGGGAAAUGUAUUGUACUUUUUGGUUUCACGUGUGAAACUUUUUUUAACCAAAAAAAGUUGCAUGAAUGGACAAAAUAUGUAUACAGUAUCUGUAAAACUGUCUUAUCUGGGUUUUUUCUUUCACUGUCAAACCACAAACUUUUGAAAGAAUAUUCCAUCCACUGCCUUAGCGCAUGGCUGUCUUUCCCAAGAGGUACAUGAUUUUUACUUUUCUUAUGAGCUACCUUGCAGUUUCGUCAGAAAGCCAGCACUGUUGUUAACUAAGGCUUUUGUGGAAACCAGUUGCUGACAUGGGUGAAUAUACUACCUUGUUACAUAAUGAUUGGAAGUUUGAUUUGGAAAUCUUCCCUAUUGCAAAUGAAAUAGCAGUGCAGAGCUUAACUCCACUUGAUGUUAGUAGACAUUGCAUUGUGUAUUUCAUUCUCAAUUGUAAUCUAGUUUGUAAAAGAAAUGGUGACGCAUGUAAAUAAAGCAUAACAGCUCUCUAUGCGGAAAA